AUGGCUACCACCUCCCCGCGCUCGACGCGCUCCCAUACUCCAAGCAAUACCCAGCAGAGCAUUGAGAGUUCUGGCAUCCAUCAUGGCAGCUCGCCGGUCACUAUGACCCCUGGACGAAAGAUUAAAGCUAUGCUUGCCGCGUUUGACACAGAUUCAGAGUCAGAUAAUGCUACAUCGAAGCCCACCGCGAGACCCAGUGCCGACCGUCCUUCUAGAGUGGUGGAUAUGGAUAGUGAUGACGACGAGGAAGAUCAGUUGCCAGUUGCACCACGGGGAAGAUUAGCCGCUAGGAUGCUAGCGAGCACUUACUCUAAAGAAUCAGGUCUUCCUGAGGAUGAGAGGUCAACUAUAACACGAAACCCAUCGAACCAUAUAUUGUCACACAAGGAAACGCCUGGGCUGGAUUCUGGAUCGGAUUCAGAAAAUGACGAUAUAGUCACCUUUGGAAGAAGAGGGGGAACUACACAAACAAGAGAAAACCCCUCCCCGGCCAUGUCACGGAAUAACGCCGCAUCACGGUCACCGUCGCCAUUAUUUGUUCCAGUGGAAUCUCCAGGCUCUACGAAGACAGCUCAGCAUGAUACACAUGCAACAGCAGCUUCCCCUCCAACUUCUCGUCUCCAAUCCCUUGUUAUUGAGAAGCGAAUGAAACUAAAACGACAGGAGGAAGAGAAACUUGCCAGGGAGCAGGAGAGGGAGCAGAGAAGUAUGGAAAUAGAUACUGAGGGAGAUGAAGAUGAUGACGAUGGUGAUGAAGGUGGUGAAGCCAUCCAGAGGCUUACCCAACAGCCACGACCUAUGAGAAAAGCUAGUAAGAAGGCGCUACUUGAGAUGAACCGGGAAACACAGCGGAUGGCUCGGAACAUGCAAUUAGCACAUGAGGCUACUACCAAGAAAAAGAUAAGUAUUGGUAGCUUUCUGGAAAAAUUUAACAAGAAAACUGCGCCUGCUCCUUCAAACAGUGGCUCGGUUUCUGAUACCCCAGCUCAAACUUCGGAUGCGGAGGCUCUGCACUCUACACCUCCGACUUCCCCUAUUAGAGAAACAAGGAAGAACUGGGAGGAUAAGCAUGCUGCGACCGAAGAGACAACCCCGAACUUAGAAAGCCUUCUAAAGGAGGACAUGGAAAUGACCAUCGAUGACCUACUAGCUGCUAGAAACGAGCUCGAGGCGCUUCAACCAAGUCAACUUGAACAGCAAACUUUGAAAGAAAAAAUUGUUUCUAUCUCAACUGCCCCAAAAAUAAAUAAACCCAGGAAAAAAAUACAAGUCCGGUUAUCUCGAGAAACCAUUGCCCAAAACCAGCAACACGACUCAGAAUCAGAUCUCGAGGUAGUCACCUCUCCCCACAAAGCUCGCCGUUUAGCUCUAUUUGAAAACGUAACAACACAGAAGUCUCAUAAAUUAUCGAACUCGCUUCGGACAUUGAAAGCAUUGGCACAACUGCAGUCUAGCCGGAAACCGCAACCUAUGACCCAGGGAGAUCUUGAUGACAUCCUACUUCGGAAGGCCAGGGAACAAGCUGCGCAACAACGAGAAGAAAAGAUUGCAGCACUCCGGGCUAAAGGUGUAAUUAUCCAAACCGCCGAAGAACGUGUCCGUGGCGAGGAGGAGGUUGAAGAUUUGGUAGAGAAGGCCAGGGAAGAGGCGGACCAGAUUGCACAACAAGAAAAAGCCGCCUCCAAACGUGCAGCCGCAAAGUCGAAUGGAGAACAUGUGGAUGAUAUUGCCAGCGACGAGGAAGAAGAAUACAUUGAGGACGCAGAAGAGGGUUCUGAGGGCACCAUGGAUAGUGAGGAUGGUAGUGACGAAGAAGGGGAAAAAGAACAAAAUAUGAAACUCGUUGAUGACCAAGCUGAAGAAGAUGCCGAAUCAGAGGAUGAGGAUGAGGACGUCGGAAAGCAGAAUAUUAGCAAAUUGAGCUUGCGGCAAAGAAAUAGGUCAAAACUCGUCGUUAGUGAUGAUGAGGAGGAUGAUAAACCUAUCGAUACCCAAGUGCCUACUACCCCAAAACCAAAGAUACCUAAUCUUGGACAAUCAAACAUUCCACUUCUGGGGUUAUCGCAGGCUUUUGCCGCAACUUUGGGGAACAGUCAGGAUGACUCCCAAGAGGACUCUCUGGCACAGCUACGUAAGAUGCCUGGUAUCGAUCUUCCCGUAUCUGACCUGUUUGAUUCAGACUCGCAAGGUUUCAUGCGUGAAACCCAGUGUCAAGAAAGCGGAAGUCUUGAUAUAUUUGCUGGAUUCCCAGAAUGCAAUACCCCAGCGGUUGAUUCCCCAAGUACCAAAACCUUUACAGAAUAUUCACAAUUCCCAGAGCCAACUCAAGACAAUGGAUUCGUCAUGUCACCAUUUGACCAAGAGAAACGAUUCCGACACGCCCUAUCAACCACUGCUGGUUCUGUAAUAUCUUCCAACCGGGCUGGUGGUCAUAGAAAGGAAAGGCGACGGCUUAGACGUGGUCAAAUUCACCAGGACACCGAUAAUGACGAAGAUGGCGAGCCGCAAACCAAGGUUAAUGCUUUCGAAUCAAUGGAAAAGAGGGCAAGCAGGCCAUUCAUAAAGGAUAAAAGCAAGGCAAAGGAGAUGGUUGAAGAAGCUGCCGAGGAAUCCGACGAUGAAUACGCAGGCCUUGGAGGUGCAAGUGACGAAGAUUCCGGAUCGGAAGACGAGCUUGACAGGCAGAUGAUUAAUGAUAAUAGUGGGGAGAUAGUGGAUGAAAAAGAACUGGCUGCAAUGAACGCUCAUCAUGAGCGUGAGCAAGAUGAGUUUCAAUUGAAUAAACUCAUGAAAGAUAUUACUACUGGAGCAUUGCGCAGAAAGCGUGUUGGUGACGCUUUAGAUUUGUCAGACUCAGACGAUGAGCGUAUCUCCCGACAACGAGCAGCAAAACGGAAAGAAUUUAUGAAAAUGCGAAAGGCUCUACUUGCAGAUGAGAAGAUUGGUAAAAUCGCUGGGGACCCGAAAAAGGCAGCUUUUAUGAGAACUAUCGAGGAUAUGGGCAUCGAUAAUGACUCUGACUUCUUGGAAGAAGGCGAAGAUACCGACAAUUGCGUUGCGUCCCAAGAGAGCAAUAACAAUGGCAAUGAUAGCAGCCAAAGGGAUGGUGAACCUGUUGCCAGAAAACGUCCUUUUGAUGCUGUUGCGGCGGACUCACUAAACCGACUUCCCGUGAAAUCUCGAAAGCUGGCCCGUAAAGCAAGCAUGAAGAAACCUCUAACCCUUGCUGAAAUACGUGAAUCUGUGUCGUUCUUACUUGAUGGCCCUGAUACAGGUGCUGCGUCAGGAGUUCCUCUGUCAAGCAAUAUAACGCCACAUGAUGCCGCAGCACGGUCUGCUCACUCUGGUGGUAUUGAAGAUGAUUUCGUCGGUAACGGAGAAACUCUUCAGGCAGAUAAACUAGACAGGACAAGCCAAGUGGACAAUGCCACUCAGCCUCGCCGACAAAGAGGAAGAGUGGUUGACCGUCUCGCACUCCGGCGUCAGGCAUCGUCUAACGCAGCUUCGGGAAAUAAACUUGCCUUCCACUCCAACAUGAACAGCGUGGGCCCCGAAUUCAAGCUCCCCCCUUUCCUCCAAAGACGGUCAUCCUCAGGCUUGUCCGUGGCAACUACAAAAUCUUCAUCAUCCACCAGCUCAAGUUCUUCCGUUGUAGUCACGGAGUCCGCUGGAGUACAGGGCAGCAGGAAGGGUGCAGUGAAUUAUUACGCGGCGGCAAGAGAGAAGGAAAGAGAGCUACAGCUCAAGAAGGGGCUAAAGAACUCUAGCUCUUCUAGUUUGAUCGCUCAGCGGAUGAAUAUGGCAGGUGGGCUGAGCGGGCUGCUAGGCUCAAAGCCGAGUGAAUGGGAGUGA